CCCCAUCAUAUCAAGCCUAGCUACCAUAUCGACACCUCGAAAAAAAAAAAACCCCUUUCUCCCCCACACAGCUCAUAUUUUAAGAUGUCUUCUGUCUUUGUCGAUUCGGAUCUCGACCCGCUCGAACCCACCCUCCAAUCCAUUCUCGACCAGAAGAGUUUACGAUGGAUUUUCGUCGGCGGGAAGGGUGGAGUCGGAAAGACCACCACCUCUUGCUCCCUGGCUAUCCAGCUUGCCAAGGUCCGUGACAGCGUUCUGCUGAUAUCUACGGAUCCCGCACACAAUCUGAGCGAUGCCUUUAACCAGAAGUUUGGCAAGGAGGCGAGGAAGAUUGAGGGGUUUGAGAACCUGAGUGCUAUGGAGAUUGAUCCGAACGGUAGCAUACAGGAGCUGAUCGAAGGAGCCGAGGGCUCGCAAAACCCAUUGGGGAACAUGAUGCAGGAUCUCGCAUUUUCCAUCCCUGGAGUAGACGAAGCUAUGUCCUUUGCCGAAGUUUUGAAGCAGGUCAAGUCCCUUUCGUACUCGACCAUCGUUUUCGAUACCGCUCCUACUGGCCAUACCCUGCGUUUCCUCCAGUUCCCCGCGGUACUGGAGAAGGCUCUCUCAAAGAUCUCUCAACUGAGCGGGAAAUUCGGCCCAAUGCUUAACGGUAUCCUAGGAGCUCAGGGUGGGCCAGGCGGUGUCGAUGAGAUGAUGCAGAAAAUGGAGGGUAUGAGAGAGGUUAUUGGUGAAGUUUCCAAGCAGUUCAAGGACCCUGACCUUACUACCUUCAUUUGUGUUUGCAUUCCCGAGUUCCUUUCCCUAUACGAGACGGAGCGUAUGAUACAGGAACUCAACAAUUACCAGAUCGACACACAUAGCAUUGUUGUCAAUCAGCUCCUCUUCCCUCAAAAAGGCUCCACCUGCGAGCAGUGCACCGCUAGACGAAGGAUGCAAAAGAAAUAUCUCGAGCAGAUUGAGGAACUUUAUGAGGACUUCAAUGUUGUCAAGUGCCCGUUGCUUGUUGAGGAGGUUAGGGGAAGCGAUAAACUAAGAAAGUUUUCAGAGAUGCUGGUUACACCCUAUGAUGCUCCGGCGGAAGAUUGAAGAUGCCACAGAGGUGGGCGUUGAAUACACUAUAUUAUUUUUCCGGGAGCUUUUCCGAUGUCAGAAUACCUCGCUGGUCCAUAGAUGAGGAUGGCGUACAGGUCUUAGUGGCCUUGUGUGCCGAUGCCGAAUAAAUGAUUUGCCUUACUAUCAUUAUUCUCGUUCUCUUUAGCGCCCUGCAUAUCAGGACCCCCAUAGAGACCCAUGCGGUUCAUUUAAACGCAGGCUCUCCCGAACCCCUGUUACCUAAGAACCCCUCCGUAUUUAUCCACGCGAAUCGGAAAAAUUCGUAUCAAGGGGCAUACAAAGAUUGAAAUAUUUAAUCAUUAGAGAAAGAAGGUCUGCUACUGUAGGAUACGAGCGCUAUAUCCCGGGAGAUAAACUUUUUUUCAUACACCGGUAAUCUAUCAUCCAAACAGGGGUGGAGGUGAUGUGAACACGAGCCAUCACUCGUAAUAAACGUAAAUUACAAGGGUCCAAACUCAACUAAAACUUUGGCAACGUUAACCCUUUUGGGGAUGGAUAGGAGGAGAGAGACCGAGUUAGAAACAGCGGUGAUGUCACCCUUGGGUAUGCUAAGAGAUGAUACCGUAUAGUCUAUUCGCAGGUGAGUGGAAGUCUUUAGUGGCGCUUGUUAGGCAGCCUUCGCACCUUCCUCCCUCUUCGGGCUCCUAUCUUCUACUUGAGUACAUAUCUUUCAUUUAUCUCAACUGCCUUCUGGAGACCGGGGGUGGUCACGGGU